AUGUCAAAGGUCAUUGUUUCGGAUGAUACUCGAAUCGUUGAACUGCAGGAGGAGAUAGCUCAAACGAAUAUUCGACUGACCAGCGUCGAAGCGAAACUGGAACAGGUCCUUCAGCGUUUAAACCCUAUUCAGCAGGGUCGACUGACCACUCUAGAAGGAAAACUUGAUCGUAUCCUCACCCAUUUGAGCCCGAUUCAACAGCUUCGUCUUUGUAACUUAGAAUCGAAGCUGGAUCAAGUCUUUCGACACUUGAUUCGGCAAAAUGAAACCUUCUGCAAGAAGAUUCAAGUUGAAGAGAGCGUCGAGGAAGAAGUUGCAGCGUCGGGAUUGACCAGCAAACUCGUUGUUGAAAGCAAAAACCAAUCCUCAACCACGAAAUGUUUCGAGCAUACCCCACCAAUUAAGCAACGCUCAUACCGCUACGACAGAUCAGCAAUUAAUCUGAUGAAAUACGAAUGGCUGAACAGCACGGGAAGUCGACCCACAAGUCCACCGGAAGUAUCUCGUCUCGAUUCACGCUCUUCAACCCCUGUUGACCCUAUCAUGACAGCGAAAACCCAGGAAGAAGCAACCCAACAUACUACGUCAUAUUUUGGGUCAGAACAGGGAGACGUUACCUCAAGUCCAAUGAGUAACGGGGUUUUGCCUUCGUCUACCGUACAAACGAAAUCGAUUCUUGACAAAAACCAGGCAACUCAUGUUAAUAACGACCAGCUGGGAACCGGAAGUGGAUCUCCAGUGACUGCGGACAAACCUGAGAAGAACUAUGGGAAUAUUCAGUCGAUGUCGGCGUACAUUAGACAGCAAAUUGAUUCGACGUAUCUCUCAAGUCGGGAUCGACAGGAGCUUCGAAUCUUGUUGCAGUUAGCACAAUUCGAAAGCAUCCUCGGAUCGGCACUAAAAAAAGACGUCCACUCACGUCUACACAUGUUCAGCACGGUCGUCACUCACGGAUGGUCGGCAGCAUCUCGUAUCACGGCACGACAGUCUGCAAUACUUCAAGACAUGAAUCGAAAAAUGCACGAUCUUCAUAUUUCCACGACAAAUAACCGCUUCAAAAUGUCUCGAUUCCACAAAUUAGCGGUGAAAUCAACCAAGAAAAAGAAGCAUUGA